ACAGAAGGAUGACAGGUGACACGAUAACGUCGCAUCUAGUGAUCCAUUUCAUGAUCUAACAGAUUACGAUAUCAAACAAUGCCAGACUUUAAAGAUCGGAGUGCUGCCUCAGAGGCCGACUUCGUAAUCGUCGGAGCCGGUUCAGCUUCAUGCUUGAUUGCGUCACGUCUCUCGCAGCAGCUGCCCAACCACCGGAUUCUUGUUCUGGAGGCCGGCGAGAAUCUUCGCGAUGAUCCAAAGAUACAAACGCCUGGCUUGUCCCCAUCACUUAUGUCAGAUCCUGUUUACGAUUGGCAGUACAACAGUAUACCGGAGCCACGCUUAAACGAUAGAAUAGUGAAACACCCGAGAGGGAAGGUAGUUGGCGGUAGCAGUGCGAUCAACAGCCAUAGUGUGGUAUUCCCUAAUCAUGAGUGGCAAGAUCGUUUAGUGGAAGAGCUUCUACCACACUCAGCGAAAGAAGACUGGGGCUCACAAGGCAUGAGAGACUGCUACAAGCGAUGGCAGCUUGAAAGCUCUGAGUCGAGACUGCAUGCGAGUGUAGAGUUCCUGGAUCAUAUAAAAGUUUCAUACCCACGUGCUCUGGAUAGUCUUCAAUCUCGGUGGAUGGAAGCGUUUGAAGAACUUGGACAUGCGACGAAGCCUACAGGCUUCACCGAGAGCUCCGCCGGCGCUGUCACUGUCACCAAUGCAAUCGAUUCAUCUAAGGGAGAAAGGAGUCACGCAGGAACAGCAUUCCUGGAACCUGCAUUGGAACGAGGCAAUGUGGUUUUAAAAACCGCCACCAAAGUUGAUAGGAUUGUGUUCGAUGAGCAUUUGAACACGGAGGGAAAACUCGUUGCUAAGGGUGUGCGCUACACACACCAGGAGCAAGAGUAUCUGAUCAGAACCGGGGAGGUCAUCCUCUGUGCAGGCGUCUUCGAAUCUCCAGCUAUAUUGGAACGAUCAGGCAUAGGCUGCAGAAAGAUUCUUACUGCUGCACGUGUUCCUGUUCUGUACGAACUUCCGGGAGUCGGAGAGAACCUACAAGACCAUAUUAACUGUGGCCUGUCAUGUGAAACUCGUGAAGGAGUUCAUACUCGUGACGAAGCACUGAGGGAUCCCGAAGAGCGGAAUGCUGCAUCAAUGGACUACGAACAGAAUCGUAGAGGGCGGCUGUCGGAAGGGGGGGCUUAUAGUUUUGCUUUCACACCGUUACAGAUGCUCGAAACAUCAUCGGAGACACAAAUACUGACUAACAUCGUGGAGAGUCAUGUUAAAGAGGAGCACAACCCAAGCUUAAAAGCCCAGUAUUCUGUCAUCCAGAAAGCAAUUGAAAGUCCCAACGAAGCGACUGCCACUAUAUUCAUGCUGCCGCUGCAACGUCAUAGAGACACCGAUUCUCUACCCAAAGACACUCCUCGCUAUGUCGAUGGCAACUACGUGACGGUCGUCGCGAUGCUGGCCCAUCCUUUCUCGCGAGGAAGUUGCCAUAUUAAGUCUGGGACAAGGCAUCAUCCGGAGAUCUGCUUCAACUAUCUCUCUCAUCCACUUGACACGGAAAUCCUGGCUCGCCAUUUGCGUCUAGUAGAGAGACUCUUCCAAGGGCCCACAUUCACUGCUAUAACUAAGCAGAAUGGAAAGCGCUUACCUCGAAGCUUUCCGUACCCGAUUUUGUCGCUAGAGGACGCGAAGAACAUACUUCCAGUCAAUGCAGCGACGAACUACCAUCCGUGUGGCACUUGUUCCAUGAUGAGAGAGGAUCUAUGUGGCGUUGUCGAUGAGCGACUGAUAGUGUAUGGCACAAAGAACGUAAGAGUCUGCGACGCCAGUAUCUUGCCGAUAAUUCCACGAGGGAAUAUUCUGACUGCCGUUUACGCCUUCGCGGAAAAGGCGGCUGAGAUAAUCUCUAGAAAGGCACAAAGAGAUCUUUCAUCAGGUAAGAAGGAAUAGAAAGGAUGAUUGCAAAAGCUGCAGUCAGUAUAGUUACCAGCAUAUGGAACCUGGGCCAAGUACAAUAUCUAUAGUGCAUUCCUACAUUGCUCCAUCAGUAUGUAAUUCUGGGAAUCGAGAACAUUCUCGGUGGCGUUCUAUCAAGCAUUAAUGUUACACCCUCUGAGAAGUGGCAUCAGGGCUACUCAUUGGCUCUCAUGGCUGUGGCACAAAUAAUUCUUUACACAAGUCCCUCUUACUGCUUGAAGCUUUCCAGUGUAAGCCUACAGAAGGCGUGAAAAUCUCUUCUGUGAACAAUUUGAGCAGGGUAUUAGACAGGG